GUCUUUCUCAACUCCCGCCAGUCGCCGUCCACAACCGAUCAUCAACUUUCUCUGCCUUAUUUUACACCAUCGAUCUUCUUUUCUCUCUCCUUUCCGCCUAUUUCUCACCAGUCACCGCCAACAUCUUGCUCUUCAUUCCGCUGCUUAUUACGCCGGUAACAGCUCUACUUCAAACCCAAUGGAGAAACCACAAAGUGAGACCCCGAAAUCUCUUUUCCAUUUUCGACCUCAUCAUAAAUCGCAUCUCAAAAGCGAAACUUAUUAUACUUUGGUGCGAAUUCUAUCGCAAUGCCAUAACCAUCCGGAACUCUGUGAACUCUCCCGAAUUGUACCUCAGGAGCUAAAGUCAGAUAAUCAUAGCAAUGAACCAGGAAAAGCAUCUGAGGUUGUCACGGGCAUGGAUCAAAUUGAUUCCCUGACUCAAAAUAUUGUGUUGGGUAAUGAGAAUUUUGACCCGGCUGGCUUCCGAGAUGGUUUAUGUGACACAAAGGCAGUGAUCGAUGAGAUAGAGAAUUUCAUGAGAAUAGAAGAAGAUGAGGAUCCAUCCAAACAAAGGGACUUGCCAGUGGCAGUCAAUGAUGAUACUAAUGAAACUGGUUUACAAGAUAAAGGAUUUGGGCAGCUGCAACGAUUGCUAAUGGAUGAAUUAGAGGACGUAAUGAAAGGAAAUAAAGAAGUUGUUCAUGAUAAUGUUUGUAAUUUUGCAACCACAUCAUUGGAUGAGAGCCAGAAUGGUAGUGCUGUGGGUACAUUUUCUAAUAACCAAGAAGCACAUUUGGAUCUUCAACCAAUUUUUAUGGAGGGAUGUGGGGGUGUUGGUCGGCUACAUAUUGACAAAGAACACUCAACUCAAAAUACUUUUGCAACCAUAGAUUCAUCUUUGGAUAAAAUUGUAACUUAUGAAGUUUCAAAAUUGAGUGAUAACCAUGAAGAUAAAAGUUCCUCAAUGAGAAAUAAUCAGUUGGAAGCCAGUCAUGAGAUGCGUCAAAAAGAGAUGGAAUCAGGGAAAUCAGUUUGUACUAUUGGUGCAGUGGGUUCUUCUGAUCAUAUGAUUGAAGAUGGUGAAAUGGAAGAAGGAGAAAUUUCUGGUGAGUUUCAGGUCUGUGGCAGAUUAGUUGAUACGCCUUCUGAAGAUGUUGUAGGGCCACAAGAGCAGAAGCAACUUUCUGAAGAUGUUACAGAUAGAAAUAAGUUCCCUCUCAAUGACAAGAAAGAAGCGAAUAAAAAGGAUUCUGGGUCCAGUUUCAUUACAUUGGAGAUGGUUGAUAAUAUGAUUGAUACGAGAAAAGUGGAAACCAAAGAUGUAGGAGAUAAGAUGGCCAGUAAACGCAAAGUUAUUGCUUAUGGAGAUCCUAUAUUAGUUGAAGAGCUAGGUGGGUAUAAGAAACAAAAGAAAAUUUGUGAAACUAAGGAACUAAAGAAAGGAAGUGGAGUGAAGGGAAAAAAGAAAGGUAAGAAUUCAGCACCGUAUGCCAAAAGUGGAGAUCAAAUUGCAAUUGUAAGCCAAGAAAACGCAUGUAAAGAAAAGCUGAAGCAAGAUGCUGGUCUAAGGAAUAAGAAAAAGCGAGGACCCCCUUCUGAGGAAAGGAAAGCAAAGAAAAAGGAAAAAAAACGGAAGAAACGAGCACAAAAGAAUCGAGAGCUUGGUGUCAAGAGGCUGAAACUACGUCCAGUACAGAAUCCAAAACCUUUAGUAUUCUGUCGUCAUUACAUUAAAGGGAGAUGCCAGGAGGGUGAAAAUUGCAAAUUUUCACAUGAUACAAUACCGCUGACAAAAUCAAAGCCAUGUUGUCAUUUUGCACGCCACUCGUGCUUGAAGGGGGACGAUUGUCCAUUUGACCACCAGCUCUCCAAGUAUCCAUGUACUAAUUAUGUAUCAACUGGUUCUUGCAGCAGGGGUGAGGAUUGCAUGUUUUCACACAAGUUACCACUCAAGGAAGAUCUUCCAUCCGCAUCAAAUGUUAGCACUCCUGACCUGAAACCUCAAUCCUUGCCAGGCACUUCUAAUUCUAAAAAGCAACUUGAUAGUGAUGGAACUUCCCAUCACAAUGCCAAAGCCUCUCCUGACACUGUGGGAGUUAGUUCUUGCAAAAAUACAGAGCAUAAUGUGGCCAAGAGUGUUGUGAAUCCACCUGUGCUGGUACCCAAAGGCAUUACCUUUCUCUCUGCUGGCAAAUCAUCUGUUGCUGAAUCCAGUCAUUCUGUGCCAGGCAGUUCAUCUCUGACAAGGAAUGAGGAGUUCAAAGUUGGAAAUAAGACAGAUAGAAGUGCGUCAGGCUCAAUUCAAAAUUCAAAUGAGAUUCCGCGUGGUACUCCAGCAGCUGUGCCACCCAAGGGAAUAAAUUUCCUCUCAUUUGGCAAAGCACCAUGGGAAUUUUCCAGUGUUAAGAAAUUAACUAGCAAUAAUGGUGCCAAGUUAUCUUUAUCAAACAAUGUUGAUUUGACUAAGCAGUCGUCCUCACCUCUACAUACAAGUAAUAGCAUCCAAGUUGGUAAAGAAUCAAGGCAAAGUGUGUCAAAUACACCGCCUUGGUUGAAUAAGAUGCUGCAGGUAAGUAAAUUUGCAGCAGUGCCUCUGAAAUCAAACAUUUUGUCAUCUGGGGAAUCGUCAACAGAUGGUUCUAGAAGUAAUUCUCUGGGUAGCUCGUCGUCCAAUUCAGCUUCAUAUGUUGAUAGAUCUGUUCAAGCAAGCGCAGUUGCACCUGAGAAACCAAGUGCAAUCCCACCAGGGUUGUCAGCUUCUGCACAUGGUUCAGGUCCAUCUGCAGAUCACUUAGAACAUCCGUGGUUAAAAAACACACCAAAGUCAGCUCAGAAGGCAUUUUUAUCUACUCUUGCAUUUGCAGCAAAGGUUGAAUCUGAAAUGAAGAUAAAGCAAUCCAGCAUUGGUACUCUUGCUGUCAGUAGCAGGGCCAUUAAGGAAACUGGGGAUAGUGUGCAACCUUAGAUUCACAUAACGACUCAGCAAAAGCAUAAAAAUUUUGGAUUUCUAAUCUAGUGUUGCUGUUUAGCAAAUAGAUUGUUGUUGGGAACGUGAUUUAAGAUGGAGUUAGCAUGAGAAUUUUGGAGCUAAUUUUGAAGCUUUUAGCUCUCCAAAAUGCCACACCAAAGAGAGAGAGUGAGAGGCCAUUCACUGGUCAGUGCUAGCAAUUAUUAGUUCACUCUUUACCCUUCUCCCUUCCUCCAGCUGCUCUCUCUCUUUCAGUUGUACUUAAUGAGCUACAGUUUGCACAACUCUAACCACACCCUUCUUUCUUUUUCUACCUUUUACAAUUGGUUUUCAUUUAAUAGCGAAAAAUUUAGCCAAUAUUCUUGGAAAAAAAAUUAUGUACUGGUGGUUAAUAGUGGCUGUACCAUAGAGGAGCCGAUGGAGGUGAAGGAGUACAUUUUUUGGCUAAAAAACAGUUUCGGUAAAUCUCUUUGAACACACAUUCUAAAGAUUUGGCUAGCUGCAGGCUUGGUAGAUUCUCCAGGAGGUAAUAGUCUGUAAAAUCCUAGCAUUUCUGGACAAGAUGAACUUAUCGACCCAAUAUACAUUGGCCUAGAUUCAACUUGGAUAGGCAUUUGUCAUGUUAAAGUUGAUCAAUGCCAUGUGAUAGUUACUCUCUUGUGAUUACAGUUUCUGAGUAGCAUUCUUGGAAGGCUUUUGUCAAAUAGAAUUUUACAUCUUAUUAUUUGUCAAUUCAAGGGCCUCUUGUCUAGCAAGGGACGAUAAAAUGUAAAUUUAGAAUUCAAAAAAGUUUUCUAUUUGGCGUUUUUAAGGCAAGGGAUAGCUUGUGUGCCAUUGUCUAGCAAACUUCAUUUUGCAACCGAUAUAUGAGGGAAACAUCAUUGUGGUACUCGCAUUUGUUUCUCGGUAAUGUAUAAGUCAAGCCUUCACAUUUUCCUGCACUGAGCUACAAUGAUGCUGAUCAAUUUAAUUGCUGCUCUGGAUUUUAGGAGAGUGUUUUAGGCCAGCACAAGGGUUGAGCAACAGUAUCGCACAUGACCCUCCUGCAAUAGACUGGGACAAUGCGAGCUUUAUACCCUGGACAACGCGAGCUUUAUACCCUGCAAAUUGGAGGAACGUUGGGGGGACAAAUGAAAAUACUUCCGGUUCUGUUUUUGUAUAGUUUGGAGGGCAAUAAUUGGUGGCAGUAACUCUUAGUGCUGGGGCAUCCAUUCUGCACCAAGGUGAACCUGUGCACGGUAAUUGAAGUUCUGCAAACUGGUUAUUAAAGAAAGUAUUUUGUUAUUUUUUUGUUCUUCUUUUAUAAAUCUCACAAAUUUAAUAUGAACAUUGCUUGACUCAACAUCCAGUUAAAAAUCAUUCAGGUGGUGGCUAGAUGAUCAUAUCUACCCAUAUGCUUUAUUGA